CCAAACGUUUGUCCGUGAGAAGAAGAAUGGCUGCAAUAACCUUCGGUCCAACCCUAACCCUAAAGGCCGUCGGCGACGAUGUCCCUCAAAAGUGGCACGGCGCUGUGACGGAUGAGAUCGGAGGACUCAUCAGAGUUUAUAAAGAUGGACAUGUGGAGCGUCCCAACAUCGUCCCUCUCGUCUCCACCGCAUUGCCUCCAGAGCUUGGCGUGGCAUCAGCCGACGCCGUCGUGGACAAGUUCACAAACGUCUGGGCGAGAUUCUACGUCCCAAACCACGGCGUACAAAACCAGCUCCUUCCUUUGAUUGUGUACUUCCACGGCGGUGGCUUCUGCAUCGGCUCGGCCGCUUGGAGCUGCUAUCACGAGUUCUUAGCGAAGCUAGCCCUCAAAGUCAACUGCGUGAUCAUGUCCGUUAAUUAUCGGCUAGCGCCGGAGAACCCCCUCCCGGCCGCCUACGAAGACGGCUUCAAAGCCUUGAUGUGGCUCGGACGGCAACUCCUAGAAGCCUCCAGCGAGUGGUGGACGAGGCGGUGCAACUUCUCGAGAGUUUUCCUCGCCGGCGACAGUGCCGGAGCCAACAUAGCCCACCAUUUGGCCGCGAGACUUGCUUCCGAUGAUGGCACCGAGCUCAAGGCGGCGAACUCGCUAUGCUUCGAGGGCGCGAUCUUGAUACAACCCUUCUUCGGAGGCGAAGCGAGGACAGAGUCGGAGAAGCACGCAGCGCGGCAGCCGCCCAGUUCAGCGCUGACAGUGGCCGCGUCCGACACGUACUGGCGGCUGGCCUUGCCACGCGGGAGCAACCGGGACCAUCCUUGGUGCAAUCCGCUGAAACAAGACGAGCGUAGAGGUUGCAACUCGGGGAAAACGAGGGUUUUGCCUCGUACUUUAGUGUGUGUAUCGGAGAGGGACAUACUGAGAGACAGAAACGUGGAGUAUUGCGGCGCUUUGGCUGAAGCGGGCAACGUCGUUGAAUGCGUCAUGCACGCCGGAGUCGGUCAUGCGUUUCAGGUUCUUAGUAAGUCUCAAAUGGCACAAGCUCGUGCGCUAGAAAUGAUGUCUCAUGUCGGGGCCUUCGUUCAUCGGUGAUCUUUUGGGCAUGUAUGGAAAAUCAUAUGGGAAUCUUUUAAGCUUCUCCUUGAA